AUGAAGGGAGUAAUUCUAGUGGGAGGAAUGGGCACAAGACUGAGGCCUCUUACACAUACACAGCCAAAACCGCUGAUACCAUUCGCCAAUAAGCCCAUCAUAAAACACCAGAUUGAGGCUCUUGCGCAGGCUGGUGUUACUGAGGUAAUACUGGCUGUAGGACACAUGCAGGAAAACAUCCAGGAGUACCUCCUCGGAUACGACCGAGAGAUAGGCAUAAAAAUAUCGUAUUCAAUCGAAUCCAGUCCGAUGGGAACAGCAGGGCCUCUGUCUCUGCUGCGAGAUGUGCUCGAGAAGGAGGACACGCCGUUUUUUGUGCUUAACUCAGACGUUAUCUGCGGAUUUCCUUUUAGGGACAUGCUGGACUAUCACGAAAAACACGGAGGAGACGGAACAAUACUCAUAACCAAAGUAGAUACGCCGUCAAAGUACGGGGUUAUACUCACAGACAGCAGCUCGCAGAUCAAAAGAUUUGUAGAAAAGCCAAAAGAGUUUGUAGGAGACAGAAUCAACGCAGGAGUGUACAUAUUUUCAAAAAAGAUACUGGACUACAUAGAAGACAAGCCGAUGUCGAUAGAAAAGGAUGUUCUUCCAGUGAUGAUAGACGAGACAGUUGUUAAAACAUUUGAUCUGCAGGGAUUCUGGAUGGACAUUGGACAGCCAAAGGACUAUGUAACCGGAAACAUGCUGUACCACGAGAACAACCCAGACAAGUGCAUGAUCCACGAAACAGCAAAAAUAUCACCGCGUGCUGUAAUAGGAAAAAACACAACUAUUGGGCCAAAUGUGGAGAUAGAAGAUGGAGCAGAGAUAGAAAACUCAAUUAUUUUUGAAGGCGCCACCAUACAGAAAAACGCUCUGGUCAUCAACUCUGUCAUAGGCUGGGGAACAGUUGUUGGAAGAUGGUCGAGAAUCGAAGACUUUUCUGUUCUUGGCGCGAAUGUGUCCGUGCAGGAAGGGAUAUACAUCACAAGAGGCCUGAUAAAUCCAAACACGCUCGUCACUUUGCAUGUUCUCCUCCAGUCGCCCCUUGGAAACGUGGUUGAAAGCAACAACUCGCCAGGACUGUAA